CACCAAACUAAAUGAAACAUAUAAAAGGGCAAAAAUAAUGAGUUUUUGAAAGGUUACAUGGAUAAUAACGGCAUAAAUUGUUGUCAUUUUGUUAUCUCGACCUGUUAGAUGAGGGAUUUACAACAGACGGAGGUCUUAUCAAUGAUUGCCUUAUGAGAAUUGACGUUGGUGACGUGUGCACAUAAAUCACGUGACACGUUGUGGUGUGUUUCUAACAAAUAAAUUCAUUAUUUUAUAUCAUUUUAUAUAGAUAAACAAGAUGGAUUACAAGUCCAGUUAUCUGAUUUCACUGUUAGUUUGUCUAGCUAAGCCGUGCCUGUCAAAUGAAGUUCAGAUUGGUGUUAUAUUGCCUGAGAGUUCACAUUACCCAUGGAGCAUACAGCGCGUUCUGCCAGCAAUUAAUAUAGCGAUUGAAUAUGUUCAAAAUGAUAUUUUACCAGGGACAAGAUUGGAGAUUUUAGUAGCCGAUUCGGAUUGCUCGGAGACAAAAGCAUCUUUGGCCGCCUUCGAAUUAUAUCAGAAAAAAGCACAUGUACUUCUUGGACCAGUGUGUAAUUAUGCUGUUGCCCCUGUUGCUAGAUUUAGCACUAACUGGAAUAUUCCAAUUAUAACAGCAGGUGCGAGUGUUGUCGAUUUUGACACUAAAAACGAGUUUAAAUUACUUACAAGGAUUCACGAAACUAAGACGCUUACAGCUGAAAGUGUCGUUCAUUUCACUGAAGUUUUUAAUUGGACUCACAUUGGACUGAUUUAUGAAGAGAAUGUUAGCUCUGCGAAAUCAGAAUGCUUUUUUACAAUGCAGGCUAUUUAUUUCAAAUUGAUGAACCGCUAUGGCAUUGCACCUUAUUCUCAAAAGUUUGACAAAAACUCCGACUUCGAGGAUAUAUUACGUUCGGCAUCUUCAAAAGCGACAGUAUUUAUUGUUUGUGGCAAUCCUGACUCUACCAGAGAGCUGAUGAUCAAAACACACAAGCUUGGAAUGGACAGGGGAGACUAUGUAUUCAUUAACAUACAUUUGGAAAACAGGUGAUAACUCUUGUUACAGAUGA